UCCAAUUCAUAUUUGGGUCGAUGAUCAUAUAGUGCCCUCAUCCUAUUAAUACAUACAGUUAUUAGGGUUACUUGUUUUCGAGACUCCAGCAAGAGACGGACUUUGAGCACAGCAGCCUCAUUUCUCCAAGAUGGCUAGAGGGUUGAAGAAACAUUUGAAGAGGCUCAAUGCCCCUAGGCAUUGGAUGCUUGACAAGCUUGGUGGUGCUUUUGCACCCAAGCCAUCUUCUGGUCCCCACAAGUCCAGGGAAUGCUUGCCAUUGAUCCUUAUUCUGCGAAACCGAUUGAAGUAUGCUCUCACCUAUAGAGAAGUCAUUGCUAUUCUCAUGCAGAGGCAUGUUAUGGUUGAUGGAAAGGUUAGGACAGAUAAGACCUAUCCUGCUGGUUUCAUGGAUGUUGUGUCCAUUCCUAAAACCAACGAGGACUUCCGUCUUCUUUAUGACACCAAAGGACGUUUCCGUCUCCAUGCUAUCACUGGUGAUGAAACUAAGUUCAAGCUUUGCAAGGUUCGAUCUGUCCAGUUUGGCCAGAAAGGUAUCCCAUACCUAAAUACAUAUGACGGGCGUACUAUCCGUUACCCGGAUCCUUUGAUCAAGGCCAAUGACACCAUCAAGCUAGACCUUGAAAGCAACAAGAUUGUUGAUUUCAUCAAGUUUGAUGUUGGGAAUGUUGUCAUGGUCACUGGAGGGAGGAACAGAGGGCGAGUUGGAGUAAUCAAGAAUAGGGAGAAGCACAAGGGAAGCUUUGAGACGAUCCAUGUUCAAGAUGCCGCCGGGCAUGAGUUUGCUACUCGUAUCGGUAAUGUCUUCACUAUUGGAAAAGGAACAAAGCCAUGGGUGUCUCUUCCUAAGGGCAAGGGUAUCAAGUUAUCCGUCAUCGAGGAAGCUAGGAAGAGGCUUGCAGCCCAAAAUGUUGCUUAAACUUCAGCAUAAGAUAUCCAGAUAUGUUUCGCUGCAGUAGUUUAUUAUAAGGAUGCUAGAGAUGUUUAGUGUCGUUUUACUUUUGAAACUGUGAGCAAAAUUUUGAGAACUGUUUACUUGUUCUGUUGGUUGUUGUUACUGACUUCCCAUGCUUUAAAUUAUCAAAUACUUGGAUGUUUUUUUGGA